UCUUUGGGUUAUAACGUCAAAUGAUUAAAAAAAACUUGUUUUAUUUUAAUUUUUUCAAACAUAUUAAUGGAAACUAUGUAGUAAUUAAUUGAUUCUACUCGAAAAUAUCUCUGUUAGGCUCUUGAUGCGCAAGUUUAGUCAUAAAUUAGCGUAACAUAUUUUUAGGUUAGGCUUGUAGUCGUUACGGAAAAAAACUGAAGACAAUUAAGCUCUUUAAAUGCUGAAUGGUUUUUAAAAAUGGAUUUUGUGAAAAGAGAAGAACAUAAUGCCGAAGAAGAGAAUUACAAAAUGUACAUGGACAGUCUUCAGAAACAUCAGCUGGAAAGUGAAUACCACACCCAAAUUUCCAUGGAGCAGUUGCAUCAAGCUAUGCAGUCCUCUCUGAACAACUCCGGUAUAGUCCACAACUUCCAAUUGCCACUCUCCCCAAGGCAGAUGUCCACUCUCAUGCUAAAAACAAACCAUUUAAGUAGAAGUUUGAACUUUAAUGAGACAACACACCCUCAAAGGGACGAAAUAGAUUUACAUCAAAACUUACGUCACGAGGAGGCCUUAAGGAAUCUAGAUGUUACAUUAUUUAGAAAUGAAUUAGAGCUUCAGAAUAACCUGUCUCAAGCUCUAGUACAGAAUUUGAGCGAGCAGGAUCUACGUAACUUAGACUUGAGUCGAAUAAAUGAAGUGCAACUACAAAAUUUGAGAACAGACAUUCCAUUGCAUCAUGAAAGUAAUGUUAGUCAGGGUGGCAGACAGUUGGAUCAGGAGUUAAUGCAGGCGGAAUCCAGACGCAUUCCGGUUCAGGACAAUCAAAUAAUAGACCACAAUCUUACUCAAAGAUUGACUCAGAAUAUGGAAAGGCUGGACCAGAGUAUAGCUCAGCGAUUAGGCCAAACAAUUGAUUUGAAUUUUGCCCAACGCUUAGGGCAAAGUAUUGAGAGAUUAGACCAAAACAUAGUACAUAGAUUGGGACAAAAUUUGGAUAGGAUUGACCAGAGUGUUGUACAGAGGCUGGGGCAGACCGUAGAUCAAAGACUGGUGGGUCAGGAUGCUGGUCAAGAAAGGCUGGAAAAUGAACACAUAAUACCGAUGCAGUUCCACAUUAAAUCCGAACAAGAAGAUGACAGUUACUUUUAUGAAAAUCCAAGUCAAUCUUUGGAUAGUGUUAACGGAUUAAGCGGUCAGAUAUCACAAGAAAGCACACAACAACCGACACAAACUAGUUCACAGGCUGACUUACAAAUUUAUCAGACUUAUAAUCAUGUAGCUUUGAAUUCGAUCGACUUAUAUACGAGGCCCCAAAAUUACAUGUCGUUUUUCAAAGACAACCCGCAGAACUUGGUCGCCCGACAGUUCGAGGCGGUAUCGUACGCGGAUCGGCAAGAUGGCGGCCCCAAGAGACGGCAAGAUGGCGCCGAAAAUACCGCGAAACAACAGCCGAAAGAGAACAUGAAGCCGACCGACGAAAACAAAAUGUACUACGACUAUCAGAUCGAUUAUAAAACUGAGAGCGUUAAACUGAAUGAAGAUUUAACUUUGAACAUCAAAGGAGAGUACGUCUGUUAUAAGUGCAACGACAUAUUUCCAUCGAAGCGCGGCCUGAAACAACACUCGAAGAGUUGUCUAGACGAAGGAGAAAAGGACCGGGCUGGCAAGUUCGGGUGCACCCAGUGCUCCUACCGCUGCCAGUCGCCGGCGAUCCUGAAGAUCCACGAGCGCGUCCACUCCGGGGAGAAGCCGUUCUCGUGCACGUUUUGCGAUUACAAGUCCGGCCAGAAGAACAACGUCGCCAAGCACAUCCUUGUUCACAUGAAGGAGAAGCCUUUCCGGUGCCAGUACUGCAACUACAGGUGCGCCCAGAAGAACAACCUGGUUGUCCACGAGCGCACGCACACCGGCUUCAAACCGUUCGCCUGCUCGUACUGCGCCUACCGGACCGUCCAGAAGCCGAACCUGGUCAAGCACAUGUACCUGCACACGAACCAGAAGCCAUUCAGCUGCGACCAGUGCAACUACCGGUGCGUCCAGAAGACGAACCUGACGAAGCACAAGCUGCGGCAUCUGAACGAGAAGAGCGGCGAGAAGCUGGACGUCAGGAACGUGAAGCCGUACCGGCCGCGGCAGAAGAGCGUCAAGUGCCACAUGUGCGCGUACCGAUGCGUGCAGAAGUCGAGUAUGGAGAAGCACAUGAAGUUCGAGCACGGCGCGAGCUUCGAGCAGGAGGGCGGAUCGAAUGACGCCAUACAGAACCUGAGCGUGAAGAAGGAUGAUUACUACGCCGACAAGAGCAUGGAGGCGUUGCCGGCCCCCGCGGUGCCCUCAUAGCGCCCCCCGAACGAACAAUUAAACUAUAAGAUUUAUUUUUCUCUAGUGAUUAAAAAAAAUGUGGCGAAAUAAAGAAUAUUAACGAAUCAACCGUCUCUGUCUGUUAGUUUUUUCGGUUAGCGUUCGUAAAGCAAAAUGUCUACAGUUUCCCAAAGUUUGGUUUGUCAUUUUCGUCGCGGUGACUUGAUGUCUCGUGUCGCAUGCCUAGCGGCUUCCUCAAGAGCCAGUUGCACCUCGGAAACGGUCUGCCUUUGACCAUAGUUUAGCGUGGUGGAACGACGUCGACGCGAGCGAAGGUGAGGUGGUGAGGCGACUUUGAAUAAUCGACACUUAAAGUAAGAGCGAAGUAAUCAAAUGUGAAUUAUUUUGUAUGAACAUAACAAUCUAGAAAA